UUGAAACAAAGUCAGUGCAUCUCAGGAUCUGGUCUAGUCAAGACAUCAUUUUAUUUUCAUCUCCUUUUAAUUAGAGUAAGCUGUUUGAGAGCGAGGAAUUGAGAGAAGAAAUUUUAUAAGUUUACAUGACAAAGAUGAGGAAAUCUGGAAACCCAGUAUUAAGAGGAAGGACAAGAAUGGCUGUAAAGCGAGAGGACUAUCUUGAUUGGGCCGAUUACUUCAUGGCUGUUGCUUUCCUAUCGGCACAGAGGAGUAAAGAUCCACGCACACAGGUUGGAGCAUGUAUUGUCAAUGAUGAAAAUAAGAUUGUUGGCAUCGGAUAUAAUGGAAUGCCUAGAGGAUGCAGUGAUGAAGCAUUACCAUGGCAACGAAAAAACGAUGAUUGGCUAGAGACCAAGAUUCCAUAUGUAUGUCAUGCAGAAAUGAACGCCGUGAUGAACAAGAACUGCGCGUCGGUAAAAGGCUGCACCAUCUACGUAGCUCUCUUUCCCUGCAACGAGUGCACGAAGGUCAUCAUGCAAUCGGGGAUCAAGGAGGUCGUCUACAUGUCGGACACCAAGCACGAUAAGCCGUCCAUGGUUGCAUCCAGACGGUUGCUGGAUGCUGUAGGGAUACCAUACAGGCAACACAUACCUAAACAGAGCAAAGUGACCAUUGACUUUGGUGCCCUGGAAGACGAAUUGGACUCGACAAGCACCAGAUAGCAGAUGGCCCCCAGAAGGGAACACCAAGAUGGCAGAGGACAAGAAUCAUGUCAAGCAAGCAAAAUCUUGUGAAUCAAAUGUACCUCAGAUACCUCAGUACUCAACAUUAUGUAGUUUGAUUCCCAGAGAGGGAGAGAGAGAGAGAGAGAGAGAGAGAGAGAGAGAGAGAGAGAGAGUCAAUGAUUUUCAUGUGAGAUCUUGUGAAGCAAAUCUAACUUGAUAAUCUUGUCAACAGCUCAAUAUGAAUCUUACCAUAUAACCAACAUCAUGUUGAUUCACAGGCAUAGAGUCACUGAUUUUAUGAGCUUUGUAGUAAAUGUUUUCAAGUAUGGUUAUGACCUCUGAACCCUAUGCUUUAGACCAUUGAAUUAUGGGUAAUAUGUCAUUGCCCAGGACCCUGUCUUAUGUUGAGUUCUGGGGGUGUUUCACAAAGAUCCUAAGUUGAACUUAUCUCUAAGUUGAACUUAAAAAUUAUGGAAAGCCAUUAGCAUCUUUGAAAAUAUUUUGUAA